AUGCCGACGUCUCCAACAGUCGAAUUUGCGCCCUCACCGCCGCUUGCAUCUCCACCAGUCGAUGGUAGUCGUAGUCGCUCACUUCCAAUGUCGCCCACCGGUGAUGGUGUGCGUUCACCUUCGGGUGUGCAAUCACCUGUCGAUGGUAGACACUCCUUCACGGGAGAACGUAGAUCGUCCAACCCGUUCGGUCCUCGAAGGUCUUUGGCUCUGCCCCGAACCAGUCUUGCAGCACCCGCCAGAGAUCCUGGAGCUAUCAACCCAUACGCACCGCCAUCGCUAGAAUACGACUUGCGCCAGAGGAAGCGUAGUAUCUUCAUCUUCUGGUUCCUCAUUCUUUUCGACUCUAUCGUCAUGCCCUUAGCUUUGUACUUCGGCUUAUGGUACGGAACCAAUCUCUCACCAAACACCGUCUUCUCCAUCGUCACAGCCGCACUGGGCGGUAUCAGUAUCUUUGAAUACGUGCUACGCUUCUGGCAUCUGUGGAAANAGGGUAGCAAGUGUCGUGUCAUUGGUGGUCGUAGAUCAUACGUAAGCCACCUCUUGUACAACCCACAUACAAUGAUACUGACGCAGCUUAUAGNNCUUGACUGGUUCCACUGGAACUUUAGCUUUGCCUGGGUCAUCAUUAUCGUUGAGCUCAUUAUCGGCACUAUUCCCGAAAACCCUCCUAUCCGAUUGCUAGCAAUGCCUGUUAGCUCCCUCAUGUUUGCCUUUGGUUCCGAGUUGAUCAUUCAGGACGGCAUGCGUCUUCUGGGCAUUCCUUCACCCUUCCGCAUCUCUUCAAUGCCUGCUGGUUCCCAACUGCGCCCUGGAAUCUAUUGGAUCAUCGAAGACAUUGUUGCCGUUGAUGGCGGUGGUAACAUCGAGUUCCGUGAGAGACUCAACACCAGAUACGAAGCCAGCCACUACUUCCGUCAAAUGCUUCACCGUCUGACGUUGUUCUGGGGUAUUGGUGCCGAGGUGGCAGCUGCCGUGAUCACUGCUCUAAUUUUCACCAUCCAGAAAGAUGCUGCUUAUGUGGUCGGCUGGACCGUUCCUUUCAUCUGGGCUGGCAUAUGGACCCUGUUUACCUUCUGGUACGUUAAGCGCUGCCUGAAGCACGAGGCCGAGAUGUGGGCUAUUGAGCACGGAAAGCCCGAGGUCUAG